AAGCAGCUUGUUGGCACUUCGCAUCUGCAUCGACACUGCGCGCCGUGUCUGUAACGCACUCUACAAUAUUGAACUCAGCCUAAUUCUCUUCAAUAAUGCAGUAUUCUGAUUUCUGAUGUCACCAUGCCUCUGUCUCUCAGUGAAUGGCAUGUCAUUGGAUCUAUCACCUAAACCCAGGCAAGAUACAACAAGAAACACCGAGCAAACAACAUCAUCUAUCAGGGAAGUAAAGGAGAAUCAUGGAUCACCGACCUAUCAGGUCCUUCAAUCAGGGACAAGCAGUGGUAAAGCAGAUGCAAUCAAAGGGAAUGACUUUCCAAACAUGACUUACAUACUCCUAUUGAGAUGUGGUGACGUAGAACUGAAUCCUGGUCCAAAUGAUAAUCUGACCGAGCUCGAGCUCUAUCACCUUGCCGAGGGUAUGGAUCCCUCAGAUUUCAGGAAGGUCGGACUAGCUUUAGGAUUUUCUGAGGCUAAACUAAGGUGGUUUGAGAAAGACAAGCUUGCUGGCAAGUCCAUGGAAGCUACCUAUCAGAUGCUUUACGAAUGGCAGAAGACAGUGCGUGAAAGCGAGGCGAGGGAGAUACUAGUCAAAAAGUUAGGAAGCAUUGAGCUGGUUCAACUUGCUGAUAGUGUACAGAAAGGGGGGACCACCCUAGAUCCACAACUUGAAGAAAACAUGCCUAAACCUAAAAAAGAAGUGCAGGACCGGCAGGUGAUUCAAGUUCAGGCAUAUUUCCCUAAGUAUUACGUUACAGAGAAAAGAGACCGGGAGCACCAAGCAGGUGAUUGCAAUGACAAAGAGGGGGUCCAGAAUUCAGUUGCAGAGGAGGACGCUCUCGAGGAUUUGCUGGAGCUAGAAGGAGAGAUAGCAGUUGAAAGCGGAGCCAUCUCUGUCCCUUCAAGGGAGCGAAUCAUGAUGGUGAAAAAAAAAAGGGGUAAAGAGAAAGAGAUCAAAGUUAAGGGUAAGUUCCUGAUGGAUGGACCUUGGUGGAAUGCUUCGUUUAAAGCUGUCAAGGAAGGGGACGUCUACAUCUGCCAGGGAAUCCCAACGUACACACUCCGAAACAAGAAGGGGCAGAAAGGAGAGGAUCUCCUCCAGCUGCUCCUUAAGUAUGUGUUCAGAUUUCCAAUACCAGGUAGGGCAGAGGAUCAGAUGAAGCAAGCCUUCUGGGACUACUUUGAGAAGUGGCGUGGUAUCAAGAAGCGGAAGGACUACACCUUUUGUCAGUUCUUCAAGGCGCUGGAGGAUGCUCUCAAAAAGGAGCCAACACCCAACGACACAACGGCGAUACCGAUGAUGCAGGUUGCUGAGGUAAUCUUGCAGCGGUUUGAUCCAUCUAACGAAUGCUUCAGUCACGCAUCCAGCAACACAGAUGAAGAGGAGAAGAAGCCAAAAUUUGAUCUGAGGUACGUCUACAGAUGUUUCAAGUGUCCGCUACUCUUCAAAGGGCUCCCUCUGUUGAUGGAGAGAGAAGCAUUCUCUAUCCUGUCUACAGAGAAAUUGAGAGACCUGCAAGGACUGGAGUCUGUGCUGGCUAAAUCCCCAGAAGACCUGGAAUUUUAUAUGGGUACCAAAGAGGUCUUCCAAGGCUUUGUGAAUGCCGGUAUGAUACCACCCAAUCUCUUCAAGUGUACGACCAACCAAGAUUCUGCUCCACCUCUGUUGUCCAAGUCCUCCAGCAAGAAGAACUGCACUCUUGACCAACCCUCCACAUCCACUGCCAAUCAAGACACCGACGGACCUUCAACGUCCAAACCAAAAAACAAAACUGUGAUCUCAAGACCCAUUCUUAUAGAGGUUGAUCCCAGGACACGAGAUAAACCAGCACCAGGAAACUUCUCUAGCUCCAAUACAGCUAAGCCCAACAGAGAAAAGCUCUCCGAGAAGCGGAAAGUCCAGAGCAACCCUGAUCCUGCCAACGAAAAUGUGCCAUGUCUGUCGGGAGGUGAUAGUACAGCUCCAAUGGAUUCAGAGGUACCCAAGAAAAAAAGGACCUUGUGAAUGGACACCAUUUCAUAAUGAGUUCCAUGGCUCUUGCAGAACAGGAACUUCAGGAUAAGGUUAAAGGAUCAAGCAUAUGUUAGUAAUAGAACAGAACAAGGCACAGGGACUUUAUCAUCACAGCAGCAUGAAUGAGAAUCAUCCUUCACCUCUAUCCCACCAAAGGAACAAAGUGCAGUCAAACCUGUCUUAGCGAACACCUAUCUGUCCAUAACGACCACUCAUGAUUCCUCCGCAGAGAAUUCAUGUACUAACUAACCCGCCUACUAGUGGUCACUAGCGGAUCGCUUCCUGUCACAGCCACAGCGGCAAUCUUAGUCCAGAUUCUGUCUGAUUUUAUAUAUUUUUUAUUCUCCAGUCAUCUCCUUCCUUACACGUAUCCCACACCAGACGCUGUGUCAGUCAUCACGCGACCCCCCAAAACAACCGUCGAAAGAAUGAGAGGCAGGCACUGUCUCCGGUUAACCAUAAGGGUGUUAUUUUCUUAGCUGAAUUGGGGCGCAACACGGUAACAGUCUGGGCUGUGAACUACGGCUAUCAUAGCUAAGAAAACGUCUGUUCAAUCACAUAAUGUAACUCGAAAAACUCUAAUGAUCAAUGAAAUACUGACAUGGGAUGUUUUUAGCUCACAUUUUGUUCAUGGUUAUCCACAUAGCGUACAUACGUAAACAAUGAUGUUUACGUCAUUCAUUCAUUUGUGGAUAAGCGCUUGAGGCAGUGGCGGAUCCAGGGGGGGGGGGGGGGGCC